AAUCUUUGGGGGCGGCUUAGUUAUCCCUUGAGCGAAACAUCCAUCCUCGAUACCCUCUCUUUUCGAUUGACGACACAUUCCCUCGCAUUGUUUCUUUUCUUUACCUUCGACAAAUCGCCAAGAUGGGUUGCGGAAUGAGCACGGAGGAGAAGGAGGGCAAGGCCCGGAAUGAGGAGAUUGAGAACCAGCUCAAGAGGGAUCGUAUGCAACAGCGCAAUGAGAUCAAGAUGCUGCUCCUGGGCGCUGGUGAAUCCGGAAAGUCGACGAUCCUGAAGCAGAUGAAGCUCAUCCACGAGGGUGGUUACUCGCGUGAUGAACGGGAAUCCUUCAAGGAGAUCAUUUUCAGCAACACUGUCCAAUCGAUGCGCGUCAUCCUCGAGGCGAUGGAGACCCUGGAGCUGCCACUGGCAGAUUCGAGGAUGGAAUAUCACGUCCAAACCAUCUUCAUGCAGCCAGCACAGAUUGAAGGCGAUGUCCUGCCUCCUGAGGUUGGCAACGCCAUCGAGGCCCUGUGGAAAGAUGCCGGUGUCCAGGCCUGCUUCAAGCGGUCCAGGGAGUACCAGUUGAACGACUCUGCGAGAUACUACUUCGACAACAUUGCCCGCAUUGCUGCCCCCGACUACAUGCCCAACGACCAGGAUGUCCUGCGGUCGCGUGUCAAGACAACUGGUAUCACCGAAACGACGUUCAUUAUCGGCGAGCUCACGUACCGGAUGUUUGAUGUCGGCGGUCAGCGAUCCGAGCGGAAGAAGUGGAUUCACUGCUUCGAGAACGUUACUACCAUCCUGUUCCUUGUCGCUAUCUCCGAAUACGACCAGCUGCUCUUCGAAGACGAGACGGUCAACCGCAUGCAAGAAGCCCUCACCCUCUUCGACUCGAUCUGCAACUCGAGGUGGUUUAUCAAGACGUCCAUCAUUCUCUUCCUCAACAAGAUCGAUAGGUUUAAGGAGAAGCUGCCUGUCAGUCCGAUGAAGAACUACUUCCCCGACUAUGAGGGUGGCGACGACUAUGGCGCGGCGUGCGACUAUAUCCUGAACCGUUUCGUCAGCCUGAACCAGCACGAGACCAAGCAGAUCUACACACAUUUCACGUGCGCCACGGAUACGACACAAAUCCGCUUCGUCAUGGCGGCGGUGAAUGACAUCAUCAUUCAGGAGAACCUUCGCCUCUGCGGUCUCAUCUGAGCGGGUUGUCGUUCCGACACCGUUAUCAGUCACGCAUCCAUAGAUUUGCGGCGCGCCUGCUGACUCUCCUUCGGCAUCGAACAUGUCCCUUUCUGGGUCGCAUAUGUCAGGGCUGGUGGAUUCAUGACACUCCGCCACCCACCGCUUCCCGGGCUCCCACUACCUCCAUGACUCCCGAUUGGAUCGCGGAUUCGGAUUCGGAUCGGAUCGGGUUAUGAACGGGCCGUAUCUAUCAUUGGGGGGAGGACAAAGUAUCUUGUUUAAUAAUGACUCUGGUCCCGGCUUGGUGUUCUCGAGUGGUGUAUG